CUUCUGUAUCACUGUACCAGUAGUACCACUACCAGGGUUUCUCCUUUUUUUUUCUCCUUAAAAAAAAAGAAAACCCAAUUAAUUAAAAUUAGAAAAAGGUCUAUCUUAGUCUUACCCUACACCAUCCCGUACCCUAUCCCAGCUCCUCCGGACUCUCUAGACGGUCGCGCGAUGGGACCCGCCGGCGACCUGAACCCGACCGUAACCGGAUCAUGUACACACCAGUGGAACUCCGGCUCGCCACCUCUCGAACACUCUCCGCACACCACGCCUUCGCUCUCCGGCGAUCUCUCCCCGGAAUCCAAGCUCAGCGAGACAAAUCCCAUGUUCAUCAAGUACCUCUCCUUCUCCACCUGCAGCUCCCUCACCCGCCUCUCGUACCCGGCCAGGCCCAACUCCAGCUCCGAAGCAAACCCGUAACCGCCGCCGCCUCGCCUCAGUAGCAUCACGUUCCCCGGCGGCGGAUCGAACCGGUGGUGGCUCUCCGCUGUUUUCCGUACCGCCGCCGCCGCAGGGCUCCUCCGCCUCCGCUCGCGCCUGGAUCGCUUCAGGAGCACCAGGAAGAAAUACCCCUUGUUCCGCGUGAUCGCGGAGAAGUUCGUCUUCCCGGUGACCGGGAUUUGGAACCCGCGGCGGUGCCUGUCGGCCACGUGGACGGAGAAUUGGUUGGGCGAGAGGCCGAUUCUGUCGCUGAUGAUCGAUUGGAAGGCCUUAAAAUUCAUGGAAGGGAGGAGGACCACCCGGCCGACGUUGAUCUCCUGCUCCCCGUCGAAGAGAACCACCGGGAAUGAAAGCUCCGACACCAGCGCCGCCGCCGCGAUCGCCUCUUCCUCGUCCGCCAUGGCGAAAUCUAGCAUUUUCUUCUUAAAUUGAAGGGGGAAACACCAGCAAGGGUGUGGGGAUUCGGGAAUUCGCUAACUUGGGCUAAAAGCUCUCCAGGAGCGGAAACCCGAGAAACGAGGUUUAUAUAUAUCCAUGGCGGGUUUUGAAGCUAACUCUGGACAGUGGUGAAAGAAAGGGGAAGGCGGUGAGGUCAUUUUCGGGAUAAAGUGGGAAAAUGUUAACGGCGUUAGAGAGAGAGUUAGCUGGGAGCGGAGUAUUUAGAUUUCAGAGAGACGGAGUAUAUAACCGCGGGUGACGCCAGGCUUGGGGGCCAAGGAAGCGAAACGACCCGGGAUGAGGUCGUGUGAAGCUCUGAGAAGCUCCCAGGUCUAUCUCGUCGGCGAGGGACGAGACUGCCCUUGGAAACCGGUCAAAUUCUACAGGGUGCCACUGCUUAUCUGCAAGAAGAGCAGCAGCAAGCCUUCGUCUUCUUCUUCCAGCUCCAGACAUGGCUUCUCUGCCUCGGUUUCGAUAUCAGUGGAGAAAGCAGAUGGUGCGGCGACCGCAUUCUCCAUGGAAAGCCCGCCUCGUGGGUAUCGGAAAAACGUUGGGAUUUGUCUCCUCAAUCCCACUUCUAAAAUGGUUUUCGUGGCGUCGAGGAUAAACAUCCCGGAUUCUUGGCAAAUGCCUCAGGGAGGUCCUGAGGCGGGAGAAGAUCUCCGGAGUGCGGCGAUGAGAGAGUUGAGGGAGGAAACAGGAGUUACUUCAGCUGAGUUUCUUGCUGAGGCACCCUACUGGCUGAUUUAUGAUUUCCCACUUCCAAUUAGAGACAGGCUUAAUCGGAGAUGGGGCACAAACUAUAGGGGUCAAGCUCAAAAGUGGUUUCUUUUCAAGUUUACUGGAAAGGACGAAGAGAUUAACCUUUUGGGUGAUGGAUCUGAAAAGCCAGAAUUCAAGCACUGGACAUGGAUGCCACCAGAGCGAGUCGUUGAACUUGCUGUGGAUUUCAAGAAGCCAGUGUAUCAGGAAGUUAUGGAGUUGUUUAGUCCAUUCCUCCAGGAAGAUUAUACUGAUGCAGAACUGCAAGAUGAGUCUAAUUCCAGACUCCAUAUGGAGCAGUCUGAAGUAAAAACUAGAGAAGAAUUAGGAGUGGGAGGAGGUUUUCACAGCAUCGAGGAUCAACAUCCAGGAUGCUUGGCAGAUGCCUCAGGUGAUGGCUAUUUAUCUGGGUUUACUGAAAUUUCUAUGUUUGGAAGUGAUGGAUGGAUUCUGUGGGAUCUUGAGCAAAAUAAAGUUGAAACUCUGAUAUCAUACUAUUGUUUGACAAAAUGGCAUCUGUUACAGGGCGGGGUUGAUGAGGGAGAAGAACUCCGAAAUGCGGCCAUGAGAGAGUUGAGGGAGGAAACAGGAGUAGUUUCAGCGGAGUUUCUUGCUGAGGCACCCCACUGGCUUACUUAUGAUUACCCACUUUCAGUUCGAAACAGGCUUAAUCGGAAAUGGGGUACAAACUAUAAAGGUCAAACUCAAAAGUGGUUUCUCUUCAAGUUUACUGGAAAGGACGAAGAGAUUAACCUUUUGGGAAAUGGAUCUGUCGAGCCAGAAUUCCAGCAGUGGACAUGGAUGCCACCAGAGCGAGUCAUAGAAGUUGCUGUCGAUUUCAAGAGGCCAGUCUACCGAGAAGUUAUGCAGCUGUUUAGUCCAUUUCUCCAGGCAGAUGGUGAUGCAGAACAGUAAGAAAGAACUCCAUUCUGAGCCACAUCCAUUGAAAAGUAGAGAAGAAAUAGGAGCUGGAGGAGGUUCCGCCAUCUCCAGUGUCAGUUGUACUCUGCUAUGAAUGUUUUGACUUCAAGUGUCGGUUUGUUUAGUUUAGAAAGAAACCAGUAGCAAUUCAUUGCUCUUAGCCACUUUCCGAGUUUACAACUUCGAAGGAAUAAAGAACAUAAACUUCUGAAAUGUUAAGACAAUCCAG